AUGGGGGGAGGAGAUCGGGCGGUGGACACGGACGGAUCGCAGGAGGAGCAGCAGAAGCGGUCGGAGAUCUACACGUACGAGGCGCCAUGGCACAUUUACGCCAUGAACUGGAGCGUCCGGCGGGACAAGCGCUACCGUCUAGCCAUCGCCAGCCUGCUGGAGCAGUAUCCUAACAGGGUGGAGAUCGUCCAGUUGGAUGAUUCCACAGGGGAGAUCCGAUCCGACCCGGCCUUGAGCUUCGAUCAUCCGUAUCCCCCCACGAAGAUCAUGUUCAUCCCCGAUCGCGACUGCCUCCGUCCCGAUCUCCUCGCUACCUCCGCCGACUUCCUCCGUAUAUGGCGAAUCUCCGACGAGGACGGCCAAGACAGCACCGGCGGCGAGGGGCCGGACGGCGCCGCCGCCGGCGACGAUGGCAAGGGGAGUGUCAACGGCAAUAGGGCAUCGGGAAAGAGCGGCGGCCGUGUGGAGCUCAAGUCCAUCCUCAAUGGGAACAAGAACUCCGAGUAUUGCGGGCCGCUCACCUCGUUCGACUGGAAUGAGGCGGAGCCUCGUCGGAUCGGCACCGCAAGCAUCGACACUACAUGCACUAUAUGGGACAUUGAGCGGGAGGCCGUUGAUACGCAGCUUAUUGCCCACGACAAGGAGGUGUAUGAUAUUGCGUGGGGAGGCGUCGGCGUUUUUGCCUCGGUCUCCGCGGAUGGGUCAGUCCGUGUUUUCGAUCUCCGGGACAAGGAGCACUCCACCAUCAUCUACGAGAGCUCUGAUCCCGCAGACACGCCUCUGGUGCGCCUGGGUUGGAAUAAGCAGGAUCCCCGUUACAUGGCUACCAUAAUCAUGGACAGUCCCAAGGUGGUAGUGCUCGACAUACGCUAUCCUACACAGCCUGUGGUGGAGCUUCACCGUCACCAAGCAAGUGUCAAUGCCAUUGCGUGGGCCCCGCACAGUUCAUGCCACAUUUGCACGGCUGGGGACGACUCACAGGCGCUCAUCUGGGACCUGUCUUCGAUGGGCGGCAAUGGCGUGCAACAGGGGGCCGGUAUGGCAGAUGGUGGAUUGGACCCGAUCUUGGCAUACACGGCAGGGGCAGAGAUCGAGCAGCUGCAGUGGUCUUCGACCCAACCCGACUGGGUGGCCAUAGCCUUCUCCUCCAAGCUGCAGAUUCUCAGGGUUUAA